CGUGAUUUGCCACGGUGGUCGUCUAUUGUAUGGUUUUAUUUAACUAGGCAUGCCUUGCAGGUUUUUAUCACUGUCUACAUUUGAAAGCUUCACGUGAAGCUGAAGCGGAACAGCACAAUUUCAGUAGUGGAAGAACAUAGCAAGAUAACGUUAGCUACUGUAGCUAGGAGCAGACAGGGAUGCAAAAGGUCAUCACAUGAUGUAUGGUGGCUUGCUAGGUGGCCAAUUGUGUUUAUCAAGUGUCUACAGCCCUUGUUCUAGUCUUCACAUCAGAUUAGCGGAACAGAAAAAUACAGACCAGGAAGGGUUCAGCAGCGCGUGGGCGCCCAGGGAGCCAUUGCCUGAGUCCCAAGAAGUCGUCACCAAGAGUCAGCCAGAUAUGAAUGCCACCAAGGGAGGCCUGGUCAUCUUCACGGCCAACUCCAAUCCAUCCUGCAUGGAGCUGGGCAAGAGGAUUGCAGAGCGCCUCGGAGUGGAGCUGGGGAAAGUGCAGGUGUAUCAGGAGGCCAAUCGAGAAACACGAGUUCAGAUUCAGGAGUCUGUUCGAGGAAAAGAUGUCUUCAUCAUCCAGACGGUCUCUAAAGACGUGAAUACGAUCGUCAUGGAGCUCCUGAUCAUGGUGUAUGCCUGCAGGACCUCCUGUGCGCGCAGCAUCAUCGGGGUCAUACCGUACUUUCCCUACAGCAAGCAGUGUAAGAUGAGGAAGAGGGGCUCCAUUGUGUCCAAGCUCCUCGCCUCCAUGAUGUGUAAAGCAGGGCUGACCCAUCUGAUCACCAUGGAUCUGCACCAGAAGGAGAUCCAGGGUUUCUUCAAUAUCCCUGUGGAUAACCUGCGUGCCUCCCCCUUCCUCCUGCAGUACAUCCAAGAGGAGAUUCCUGACUAUAGAAAUGCAGUAAUUGUGGCCAAAUCUCCGGCUUCUGCAAAAAGGGCGCAGUCUUUCGCUGAGAGACUCCGGCUGGGCAUCGCGGUCAUCCACGGCGAGGCGCAGGACGCCGAGUCGGACCUUGUGGAUGGCCGGCACUCCCCUCCCACUGUCAAAAACAUCGGCGCCAUACACCCCAGCCUGGAGAUACCCUUGCUGAUUCCCAAAGAAAAGCCUCCAAUCACCGUGGUUGGGGAUGUCGGGGGACGGAUCGCUAUCAUUGUGGAUGACAUCAUUGAUGACGUGGCCACUUUCCUGGCAGCAGCAGACACUCUGAAAGAGAGAGGGGCUUACAAAAUCUACGUAAUGGCAACACACGGCAUCCUGUCCUCUGACGCACCCCGGCUCAUAGAGGAGUCAGCCAUUGAUGAGGUGGUGGUGACCAACACGAUCCCCCACGAGAUCCAGAAGCUGCAGUGCCCCAAGAUCAAGACGGUGGACAUCAGCAUGAUCCUGUCCGAGGCCAUCCGCCGCAUCCACAACGGGGAGUCCAUGUCCUACCUGUUCCGCAACAUCGGCGUGGACGACUGACGGCGCGGCCGGGGCGUCUCGCCCGCCCCCCCGGCGCCCGGCUGCACGGUGGCCAAGUCUCGCUCGGUGCGCUCGCUUUGCCUCAGUGUUGCGGGGACUCCGUGCUCCGAAGCUGAAGCUGUACGCCAUAGAUUUUAAUUCUCCGUUUCCGGUAGACCUUUCGGGCCCAGGAUUCGUUAUUUUAUUGAAGUUGUUUCCACCGCUUGAAGCAAACGUAGUCUCUGAAUCAGUGCUUGCUAAUGUACGGUCGGUUGUCCGUGGAUCGCUGCCGUUGCCAGAAUGUGCAGAUCUGUGAGUGAAUUUGAAGGGGAGGGUGGUAAUGGUUGUGCAGUGCAGCAUGAAUUCAAAUGGCAGGUAGAAGCUUAGUCAUUUUUUAUAAAACCCACUGCAGUUAAAGGCCAAACCAGGGAUUUCAAACAGCUGGGAAUCGAUUGUCAGCACCUUGCAGCAGCCUUGGACCUCUUCAUUUUCUGGCUCUGUAUGUACAGUGACACUCUUUGCCCUCUGUCAUAAUCACAGGGUCCCAUCUCCCCUGUCCUACACUUAUUUUUAUUUGCUGUGGGACGUUCCAUACCUGUAUUGUGACUGGCUUCAUCCCUGAAGCCGCCCUGGGCAGGCAUAUACCUCCACUGCUCGAAAGCUUUACAGCAGUUUAUACUUGACUGUAUAAUCAUGUCAUUUUGCCUCAAGUUUCUCUCUUUUGUACUUUUUAUCUGUCUAAAAUACGAUAGCUGUCCCAGAGUGUAAAACAGGGUAUAAUACACUUCAAAAUGGUUAUCUAUUCUUAAAUCUUUUUAUACUCUAGUAGAUGGAAAGAGAUGCCUGAAAUAACAUCACAACCCAAAUGUAAAGUUUAAAUGAAAUAAUGUUUUUGUUUGUUCACCGUGAAGGCGUGUCCACUUUUUACGAGGUACCAGUUUCCCCCAGAAUCCCUCAGGCUUCCUAGUUAACUCUGUACUUGUGACCCUGGGUGUUGCUCUGACUUUUCAGUGUAAUCUCAUGUUUAAAUGAUCUGGGAGUAAGAUUUGGUGUUUAUUUAAUUGCUUCCAUUUAUUUUCUGAUAACUCAGUCCUUUCUGUAAACACAGGCCGUAUGCCUUCAAAAGCUGAUCCUGGAACACCACACCGCUUAGCGGAGACAAAAAUACUUUUUAAUUACCUUAAAUUACGGGGCUGUAAAUGUACUGGAUAUUAAUAUUUUAAAUUUAGAAGACAAUGAGCAAAAACUAAAAAAAUAUUUAUUUUUAUUUAUUUAUUCUUUUUGUCACUAGGUGGUGUCACUGAGUGUUAAAUUUGGUUUCUCAGGAGAACUGUUGAAUAUAAGUGAAGAAUGAUGUAAAACUGGGAGGACUUGUCUCACAUUAAGAGCCAGGACUGCUGGCUGAAGGCUGGGGGGGUGGGGGGUGGGUGGGUGUGGAGCAGACACCCGACACCUGUUUUUGGUUGAAUUGUAAACCUUUCCUUGCAUUUUUAAUGGAUCAUUUUAAGGCCAAUUCAAGUGGAAAAAAAAGAAACACCAGAUGAAAGCAAUUACCCCAGCCCUAGCUUUUGUAUUUAUUUUCAGCGACUGAUAAAAAAUAAAAACGGUCAAAUUUC